GAAAGAGCAUAAGAAAACCCCACCUUGUAGAGGGGAAAAACAAUGGGGUCUCUCAUGGCCUCUGCCACACUGACUCUUGUAUUGGCAAUAGUUUCUCUAAGCUUGCCAUCUCAAAUCUCAGCAGACAACUACUUGUAUUCAUCACCUCCACCACCCAAGAAGUACCCUCCUCCAUACCACUAUCCUUCACCACCUCCUCCAGUUAAGAAGCCUUAUUACUACCACUCUCCUCCACCCCCUUCACCUCCUCCACCUAAGCCAUACUACUACCACUCUCCUCCUCCACCACCACCAAAAAAGAAGCCUUACUACUAUCACUCUCCACCACCACCCUCACCUCCUCCACCUAAGAAGCCAUAUUACUACCAUUCUCCACCUCCACCUUCACCUCCCCCACCCAAGAAGCCUUACUACUACCAUUCCCCACCCCCACCACCCAAGAAGCCAUAUUAUUACCACUCUCCACCACCUCCUUCACCUCCUCCACCAAAGAAGCCAUACUACUAUCACUCACCACCCCCACCUUCACCUCCACCCCCAAAGAAGCCUUACUACUACCACUCUCCACCCCCACCACCUAAGAAGCCUUACUACUACCACUCCCCACCACCACCUUCCCCUCCUCCACAGAAAGCAUGA